GGGCGGGCACUUGUCAAACUACAGUCGCGGACGUUGUCGUGAACUUUACCGGUGUUGAAUUACCCCCCCGGACCCAAACCGUCAGCUCUGUUACAGUGUCAGAGUAUGGGCAGUGUGUUGGCUGCCGCCUCCCCCAGUCCUGCCCCAGCUGCAGCUGGAGGUGGCCAAGGGGUCCCAGGGCUGGUGUCGGUCCCUCCAGGGUUCUCUAUGCCCUCAGUAUCUUCCGUCCCUCCAACAUCUGGCCAGGAGACAGCAGAUUCAGAUUCCGCUCUACCGAACCCAGGCACAUAUGAGGAGUGCCACCGCAAAUGUAAAGAGGUGUUCCCUCUGCAGAUGGAAGGGGUGCGGUUAGUGGUCAACAAGGGCCUGAGUAACCACUUCCAGGUCUGCCAUACUGUUACCCUCAGUACCCUGGCUGAUUCUGGUUAUCGAUUUGGUUCCACCUACGUAGGCAGUAAGCAGACAGGACCAGCAGAGUCAUUUCCAGUCAUGGUUGGAGAUAUGGACAAUACUGGCAGUCUGAACGCCCAGAUCAUCCACCAGCUCACAACUGCUGUGCGCUCAAAAAUAGCCAUCCAGACUCAGCAGCACAAGUUUGUGAAUUGGCAAUGUGACAUGGAGUAUCGUGGUGAAGACUUCACCUCUGCCGUGACGCUCGGAAAUCCAGAUGUUCUUGUUGGAUCUGGCAUUUUGGUGGCCCACUAUCUCCAGUCUAUCACACCAGGAUUGGCUCUGGGUGGUGAGCUAGUGUACCACAGGAGACCAGGGGAAGAAGGAGCUGUCACCUCCCUCUUGGGCAGGUAUACAGGUGACAACUACGUAGCUACACUGACUUUAGGAGGAGCAGGAGCUCAUGCUACAUACUAUCACAAAGCCAAUGAUCAGCUGCAGAUAGGAGUUGAAUUUGAGGCCAGCACAAGGAUGCAAGAUACCACAACAUCCUUCGGUUACCAGUUGGACCUUCCCAAAGCUAACUUGCUCUUUAAAGGUACCGUUGAUAGUAAUUGGGUGGUUGGGGCGACCCUUGAAAAGAAACUGCUGCCGCUGCCUCUCACACUGGCCUUAGGGGCUUUCCUCAACCAUCGCAAGAACAAGUUCCAGUGUGGCUUUGGUGUCACCAUUGGCUAGAGGUUCGGGGGCUGCCUGGAGUCAGCUCGCAAGCCACAGCUUGGACCGGCACAGAGACACACAGGAACCUGGACUAAGUUUUAGAAAUUUGAUUCAGAGACUCUCUUUCGACUGUGAUUUCUGGGACAGACAGAGAGACAAAGACAACUACUAAGGAGCCAGGACUGGCCAAGCCAUGCCUACAUUCUGUAGCACAAAUGUCUUUCCUUUAUGGCGUAUUGGAUAUAUACCCAGAGGCUAGAGAGAUGUAUGUCAGAGGGCAUCAGUGAUGCAUGAGAACAUGUGAUGUGAAAAUCAAAGUGGUUAGAAAUAAUAUAUGGUGAUCAUGAAUCGAUGGAGUGAAAUAAAUGUGAUUACUUUUUGUAAAA